AUGUAAUUUAAUUUAUGUCAAGGUGGUAGGGUGUCGGGUAGUUUAUCGGUGCAAUUGGUUCGCUCAUCUACCCCAACCAGACGCCAUUAAUUGCUUAUUCAUGCGUCAGUUUACUUCCUCACCUGCAUAUAAAUCGCAUCUCCUAGCCAAAUCCAACUCCAUUUAUUUAAUACUGAGCAGAUCUUGAACAGAAAAAGAUUGGGUUUCUCUUCUAUCUUGAAAGAAAGAUGAAGGUCGUAGUCACGACUCGUAGCGGCAGAGAACUGAUAAAGGAUGGCAUUGAGCUCAGUGAUUCUGCUACUGUGGCUGAUCUGCAGGAAGCAAUUCACAAACGAACCAAAAAGUACUACCCCUCUAGACAGCGACUGACCCUGCCUAUUCCACCUGGAUCAAAAGAGAAGCCUACUGUCCUUCACUACAAGAAGAGUCUCAAAGAAUACACUGAUGGGAAUGGAGACACUUUGACUGUGGUUUUCAAGGACCUAGGUCCACAAGUCAAGUACAGCACCCUUUUCUUUUGGGAAUACUUGGGUCCUUUAAUCCUCUAUCCUGUCUUCUAUUACUACCCUGUGUACUGGUUUUUCGGCUACAAAGGGGAGCGUGUCAUCCACCCCGUCCAGACUUAUGCCUUGUAUUACUGGUGUUUCCACUACUUCAAACGUAUAAUGGAAACCUUUUUCGUGCACCGUUUCAGCCAUGCAACCUCACCUCUUUCCAAUGUCUUUCGCAACUGUGCAUAUUAUUGGAGCUUUGGUGCUUUUGUUGCUUAUUAUGUCAACCACCCACUUUACACACCAGUAAAUGAUCUCCAAAUGAAGAUUGGGUUUGGGUUUGGGUUGCUUUGUCAAAUUGCCAAUUUCUAUUGCCAUAUGUUGUUGAGAAAUCUCCGGGGUGCUGAUAGUGGUGGAGGGUACCAAAUCCCACGCGGCUUUUUAUUCAACAUCGUUACAUGUGCGAACUACACAACUGAGAUUUAUCAGUGGCUAGGCUUCAAUAUUGCUACACAGACCGUAGCAGGCUAUGUCUUCAUGGUUGUUGCUGCCUCCAUAAUGACGAACUGGGCCCUUGCAAAGCACCGUCGACUAAAGAAGCUGUUCGAUGGAAAGGAGGGAAGACCAAGAUAUCCCCGACGAUGGGUAAUACUGCCCCCAUUCCUGUAGAUUACAGGCAAUCAUGCACUUGUUUUCUUGUGAUUGAGUUCGAAUUCAGCAGCAUCAUUGAAGGUCAAAAGAGAUCAUUUAUCACUAGAGAUUUAAUACUGGGUUAGGUUUUUUCUCUCCUUUCAUAAUACAUCGGGCCAUUCUCCUUUGGUGGUAUCUUUCUAGGACUUCUGUUGGGAUUUUUAAUAUGUGGAGUGAUCGGAUUUCAUUUUGUUGAUGUAAGUGUUUUUAUCAUGACUGCUAAGCACACUAGAUAAUUUCGAUCCAUGGAAACAAUUCCUACUCUUGAAUUGACUCGUGCGUUCAUCCCGAUUAUUAUGCGCGCAGUCACUGGAUAACACUUGAUCUGAACUA